UUGAAGACAACAUAAAAAAUGUAAUUCACUCAUAGCUUUUGGAGACCCUUUAUGGUGCUGAGCUGUCAUCCUGUACAUCUUUCUUUUAUGGAGGAGAAGAUUUAAUUCUUGUCUAGGUUGUGAUUUUGUUAAUUCAUUGAAUCAGAAAAAAAAAUCAAUUAUUCUUUGAUAUCAAUGGACACGUUUGUGUGGGUAUAAUUUUACAUUUCAGUCCCUUGCUAUUCCUCUCCGAAGACAAUUUAAUUGAGUUUCCAGCAGUCUCUGUCAAUUCCUUGGGAGUUGAGGAGAAAAUCUAUGAUCUGCUCCAGUGGUUUAAAGUUCAUCUCCUGAUUUCUCUGGUUUGUAUUUAGGAAUUCCUACGUACGGCUGAGGCAUCUUUGCACCAACACUUGGGUGACCAGCACUAGCAUCCCAAUCGACAAGGAUGAAGAAAGGCCGGUAAUGUUGAAGAUUGGAACCUGUCAGACGAAGGAAGAUAAGGAAGCCUUUGCCAUCGUCUCUGUCCCUCUGUCGGAGGUCAGGGACCUGGAUUUUGCAAACGACGCCAACAAGGUUUUAGCAUCGAUGGUUAAAAAUUUGGAGAACGGUUCCGUAACUCAAAACGAAAGGAGAUUUUUGGAAUAUUGAAGGCCCCAUUUAAAGAGAAGGAUGGAGAGGGAGCCAUGUUGAGAUUGGAGGACUUGGGAGACCAGAGAUACGCCCCCUACAAGUACAUGCUAAGACUUUGCUACAGAAUCCUCCGUCAUUCCCAGCAGGAUUACCGGAAAAACCAGGAAUACAUUGCUACCAAUUUCUGCAUCAUGCAGUCUCAAAUUGGCUAUGAUAUCUUGGCGGAAGAUACCAUCACAGCUUUGUUGCACAACAACCGGAAGCUGCUGGAGAAACAUAUCACAGCUAAAGAGAUCGAGACCUUUGUGAGUUUACUCAGGAGGAAUCGAGAGCCCAGGUUCCUGGAUUACCUCUCCGACCUGUGUGUUUCCAACACAGCUGCCAUUCCAGUCACCCAGGAGCUCAUUUGCAAAUACAUGCUGAGUCCCGGAAAUGCCGACAUCCUCAUUCAGACCAAGCUGGUUUCCAUGCAAAUGGACAAUCCCUUGAAUUGCUCCUCCCUUUCGGACGACAUGGAAGAAGAGGAGGUGUGGCUCUACUGGAUCGACAGUAACAAAGAGCCCCACGGGAAGGCCAUCCGCCAUCUUGCUCAGGAGGCCAAGGAGGGCACCAAAACUGACUUAGAGGUCCUUACCUACUACAGGUAUCAGCUCAACCUCUUUGCAAGGAUGUGUCUGGACCGCCAGUACUUGGCUAUAAAUCAGAUUUCCACCCAGCUGUCGGUGGAUUUGAUCUUGCGCUGCAUGUCGGAUGAAAGCUUACCUUACGAGCUGCGAGCUUCGUUUUGUCGCCUGAUGCUCCACAUGCACGUCGACCGAGACCCUCAAGAGACGGGGGUCCCUGUGAAGUACGCCAGGCUGUGGACGGAAAUUCCUACCAAGAUUACUAUCCAUGAGUGGUGCACCUGGCUCGCAAUCUCAUAUACUUUGGUUUUUAUAGUUUCAGUGAACUACUCAGGCUGACCAGAACUCUAUUGGCUAUCCUCGAUAUUGUACAAGCGCCCAUGUCAUCCUACCUUGAAAGAUUAAGCAAAUUUCAGGAUGGAGGAAACAACGUCAUGAGGACGAUCCACGGUGUUGGGGAGAUGAUGACUCAAAUGGUCCUCAGCAGAGGCUCCAUCUUUCCUGCCUCUUCACCUGAUAUUCUGCCCAGCGUCCACCGAAGCAAACAAGCCAACUUGAUGGAAAGUGAGGAUGUCACGGUGAUGGAUACCAAGUUAAAAAUUAUCGAGAUUUUGCAGUUUAUUCUUAGUGUCCGCCUUGACUACCGGAUAUCCUACAUGCUGUCUAUUUACAAGAAGGAAUUUGGGGAGAGCAGUGAAAACGUUGAGAAUUCCACCCUGUCCCCAUCUGACUCGCCAACUCUCACCUCAGUCGCUGUUCCAGAUAUAGAUGAAAUUGCAGCAGAAGCAGAAACAAUGUUUGCUGGCAGGAAGGAAAAAAACGCCGUGCAACUAGACGAUGAAGGGGGCAGGACGUUUUUACGAGUCCUGAUUCAUCUCAUAAUGCACGAUUACCCUCCUUUGCUCUCGGGAGCCCUGCAGCUCUUGUUUAAGCAUUUCAGCCAGCGGUCAGAGGUGCUGCAAGCAUUCAAGCAGGUCCAACUGCUGGUGUCGAACCAAGAUGUGGACAGUUACAAGCAGAUUAAAACUGAUCUCGACCAACUGAGGCUGACGGUAGAAAAAUCGGAACUUUGGGUCCAGAAAACCAGUAAUUAUGAAAACGGAGUAUUGGGUGAAAAUCAAACAAAAGGAAGUGAUGAACCAAACGAAGUGAGUAUUCGAUCCUUUACGUCAUUCCUGCUUUCGUUUUCCUAGGCUUUGAAAGUUUUGCAAGCGUUCUUACUUUUUAUUAUUAUUGUCGUCUUAAGUUUUAUUUUAUAACUAUCAUUCUAGACAAAUUACUUGGGACCAAUUAUACUUGGCCAAUAAAGAAUUCUCUUCUC